AUGGAGACGUCUGCCUCGGUCACGGCCACGGAGAAAAAGGACGCCAAAAGCGGGAGCCUGGAGGGUGUCACCUUCCCUGACCCUGGCAGGAAGGCUUCUGCUCUCGCGGUGGCCGCGGCGGCGGUAGCUGCCCAAGGAGUGCCACAGCACCUUUUGCCACCGUUCCAUGCUCCCUUACCGAUUGACAUGAGACACCAGGAGGGAAGGUACCAUUAUGAGCCCCACUCUGUCCACGGCGUGCACGGGCCUCCUGCCCUGAGCGGCAGCCCCGUUAUCUCUGACAUCUCGUUGAUCCGGCUCUCCCCACACCCUGCCGGUCCUGGGGAGUCCCCCUUCAAUGCCCCCCACCCAUACGUGAGCCCCCACAUGGAGCAUUAUCUCCGUGCCAUGCACAGCAGCCCCACGCUGCCCACCAUCUCUGCGGCCCGGGGCCUGAGCCCCGCUGAUGUGGCCCACGAGCACCUCAAGGAGAGGGGACUGUUUGGCCUCCCCCCUCCGGGCACCACCCCUUCUGACUAUUACCACCAGAUGACUCUCAUGGCGGGCCACCCUGGGCCGUACGGGGACCUGCUGAUGCAGGGUGGGGGUGCCGCCAGUGCGCCCCACCUCCAUGACUACCUCAAUCCAGUGGAUGUGUCGCGCUUCUCCAGCCCACGGGUGACACCUCGUCUGAGCCGCAAGCGGGCGCUGUCCAUCUCCCCACUCUCGGACGCCAGCCUGGACCUGCAGCGCAUGAUCCGGACCUCCCCCAACUCGCUGGUGGCCUACAUCAACAACUCCCGCAGCAGCUCCGCGGCCAGCGGCUCCUACGGGCACCUGUCAGCAGGUACCCUCAGCCCAGCUUUCUCCUUCCCCCACCCCAUCAACCCAGUGGCCUACCAGCAGAUCCUGAGCCAGCAGAGGGGCCUGGGCUCAGCCUUUGGACACACCCCACCCUUGAUCCAGCCCUCACCCACCUUCCUGGCCCAGCAGCCUAUGGCCCUUGCCUCCAUCAAUGCCACGCCCACCCAGCUCAGUGGCAGCACCGCCUGUCUGAGCGAUGCCACCACCCAGAACAAGCAGAGCAGCGAGUCGGCUGUGAGCAGCACCGUCAACCCCAUCGUCAUUCAGAAGCGCAGCAAAGUCAAGACCGAGGCAGAGGGCCUGCGGCCAGCCUCCCCCUUGACCCUGACGCAGGUAACCUGCUGGCUGUCCUGGCCGUCCUCCGGCUGGGCCUCUGACAGUGGUGUGGUCUCCAUCUUUUACGACAGCAUCACCAGCUUUGACACCAGGGACGCAGGGGACCUCCUGUCCCCUGUCUUCCCUACAUCUGCCAGACCUUCCUUUAUCAAACCUUGGGCUGCUCUGCCCCUCCCCCAGGAGCAGCUGGCUGACCUCAAGGAAGACCUGGACAGGGAUGACUGUAAGCAGGAGGCUGAAGUGAUCAUCUACGAGACCAACUGCCGCUGGGGAGACUGCACCAAGGAGUACGACACCCAGGAGCAGCUGGUGCACCACAUCAACAACGAGCACAUCCAUGGGGAGAAGAAGGAGUUCGUGUGCCGCUGGCAGGCCUGCACGCGGGAGCAGAAGCCCUUCAAGGCCCAGUACAUGCUGGUGGUGCACAUGCGCCGGCACACGGGCGAGAAGCCGCACAAGUGCACGUUCGAGGGCUGCUCAAAGGCCUACUCUCGCCUGGAGAACCUGAAGACACACCUGCGGUCGCACACAGGGGAGAAGCCAUAUGUGUGUGAGCACGAGGGCUGCAACAAGGCCUUCUCCAAUGCCUCCGACCGCGCCAAGCACCAGAACCGCACCCACUCCAAUGAGAAACCCUACAUCUGCAAGAUCCCAGGCUGCACCAAGCGGUACACAGACCCCAGCUCUCUCCGAAAGCACGUGAAGACGGUACACGGCCCUGAUGCGCAUGUCCCCAAGAAACAGCGCAACGACGUGCACCUCCGAGGCCCACUGCUCAAAGAGAACGGAGACCCCGAGGCCGGCACCGAGCCCGGGGGCCGGGGCUCCAAGGAGGGUACCGAGGCCAGCACCGCCAGCCAAGCCGUGGAGGACUGCCUGCACAUCAAAGCCAUCAAGACCGAGGGCUCCGGGCUGUGUCAGUCCAGCCCCGGGGCCCAGUCAUCCUGCAGCAGCGAGCCCUCUCCCCUGGGCAGUGCCCCCAACAACGACAGUGGCGUGGAGAUGCCAGGCACAGGGCCCGGGAGCCUGGGAGACCUGACAGCCCUGGAUGGCACGCCCCCGGGGGCCGACGCCUCAGCCCUGGCUGCUCCCUCGGCUGGUGGCCUGCAGCUGCGCAAACACAUGACCACCAUGCACCGCUUGGAGCAGCUCAAGAAGGAGAAGCUCAAGUCACUCAAGGACGCCUGCUCCUGGGCCGGGCCACCUCCGCACACCCGCAGCACCAAGCUGCCUCCCCUCCCAGGAAGUGGCUCCAUCCUGGAAAACCUCGGCGGCGGCGGCGGCGGGCUUCUGCCCAACCCCCGGCUGUCCGAGCUGUCCGCGAGCCAGGUGACCAUGCUGAGCCACCUGCAGGAGCGCCGCGACAGCUCCACCAGCACGGUCAGCUCUGCCUACACCGUGAGCCGCCGAUCCUCCGGCAUCUCCCCCUACUUCUCCAGCCGCCGCUCCAGCGAGGCCUCGCCCCUUGGCGCUGGCCGCCCACACAACGCCAGCUCAGCCGACUCCUAUGACCCCAUCUCCACCGACGCGUCGCGGCGCUCCAGCGAGGCCAGCCAGUGCAGCGGCGGCGGCUCGGGGCCGCUUAGCCUCACCCCCGCGCAGCAGUACAGCCUGCGGGCCAAGUACGCCGCGGCCACCGGCGGGCCCGACGGCGGCCCAGCCCGGGGCACCUACUCGCCCCGGCCGCCUAGCAUCAGUGAGCAUGUGGCGCUGGAGGCCUUGGCGGUGGGGGCGGAUGGGGCGGGGCCCGACUUGGGUCUCGGGCUGCCCGAGGACGACCUCGUGCUGCCGGACGACGUGGUCCAGUACAUCAGGGCGCACGCCGGCGGGGCCCUGGACAACAGCGCCUCGCAGGCCUAUCUGCCUGAAAGCACCUGCUACUCCGAGAACCCCAAGCUGCCCAGCCCGGGGCUGCACGGUCCGCACAGGAUGGUGACCGCCGACUCCAACGGGGGCCCCUCCGCCCCUGUGCUGGAAGGCUGCCAGCUGGGCUACGGGGCCCCCUCGAGCCUGAACAAAAACCAUAUGCCUGUGCAGUGGAACGAGGUGAGCUCGGGCACCGUGGACACCCUGGCCAGCCAGGCGAAGCCUUCGUCCUUCCUGCAGGGCAACCUGGUUGGGGUCCCACAGAAGGCGGCUUCCGGCCAGUACCCAAGCUAUAGCCCACAAGGCCUGCCGCUGAGCCCUGGAACCCUGGAAGGCGGCCAGGGACACUUCCAGCCCUGUGGGCGAGGCCCCAAUGCGCCAAGGAUAAAUUACAUGCAACAGCUACGGCAGCCGGGGACAGGGGGCCAAUGUUCCAAUAUGACCUCCCCUGUGAGCCCCCACACCAACUAUGGCCAAGCCCACUCCCAGCUGAGUCCCAGUACCAUGGGUGGGACCUUGAACCAGUACCCCCAAUCCUAUAACAACAUGGCAGCCAAGCCAGCCCACUUGGGGCUCCCACAGCAAAUGGAGAUGGCUCCCGAAGCCACCAUGAUGGCCAGCAGCCACAGGGAACUUGGAAUCUCCAAUCCAGCCCUGGCUGGGAUGCCACCACUUCACACUGCCCAGAGCUACCCACAGCAGAGCCAUCACCUGACAAACCCCAUAAGCCAGGAGAGCUACCGCCAGGGCCCCAACCUUCUACCUUCCCAGCAGCCUGGCUUCCUGGAGCCCCAGCAGGGCACCAUGGGGGUCGCAGGAUCAAGCUUUGGCCUCGUUCAACCCCGGCCACCUGCUGAGCCCAGCCCUGCUGGCUGCCAUCGUGGGGUGCGUGCUGGGUUGCAACUGGCCUACGCCAGAGCCGCCAGCCAUGCCAUGGCCGCUGUGUCGACCAACCAGGAGAUAGACGUGCCCAAGGGAGUUAUGGGUAAUGUGGUGUCCCAGCCUCCCCAGCCACCCCCACAGGACACGAGUGGGACCCAGGACCACAGCAUGCUCUACUACUAUGGCCAAAUCCACAUGUAUCAACAGAAUGGAGGCCUAGAGAGCCACAUAGGCUGCCAGGUCAUGCGGCCCCAGCCACCACAGCAACAGGCCUGCCCGGACAGCAUCCAGCCCCAGCCUUUGCCCUCCCCAGGGGUCAACCAGGUGUCCAGCACCGUGGACUCCCAGCUGCUGGAGGCUCCCCAGAUUGAUUUUGAUGCGAUCAUGGAUGAUGGUGACCACUCGAGCUUGCUCUCAGGCGCCCUGAGUCCUAGCCUCCUCCACAGCCUCUCCCAGAACUCCUCCUGCCUCACCACCCCCCGGAACUCCCUGACUCUGCCCUCCAUCCCCACGGGCAUCAGCAACAUGGCAGUCGGGGACAUGAGCUCCAUGCUUACCAGCCUGGCCGAGGAGAGCAAGUUCCUGAACAUGAUGACCUAAGUCCCCAACCCCUGGUGCUCCGGGGAGCCAAGGGAAGCUUCAUUUCCCACUGCACGGUUCUAUUUUGUCUUUUUCCAAAAAAAGUAUUAAAUAAGUCUGAGGGAGUUUUGCUAGUGGUGGGUCCAGACCACCAAAUGCUUUAAAGGCAGGCUUAUGGACGUCCUGUCUGGUCUUCUUUUGGAUUCUUUUUCGGAACACUUAAAAAAGUCUCAAUGAGAAUGACUGAGGUAGGAGCGAAAAACUCGUUUGCACAGUGCUUCCCAGCCUUCAGUGUUUAUAGGACCAAAUUGUUCUGGCUUCAUCACCUCUGUCAUUUGGCCGAUGAGGGAUUGCAUUGGCCAGAGGCUUUCCAAGUACACGAGGAAAGAGCAUAGAGAAUCUGAAAGCCAUACUGGAUAUUCCAAUCCAGGAAGAGAAGUUUCUCAUUCCCACACCUGCAAGGUAAAGGAAUUCCUGACCGCCUGGAAUUCUUCUAUGAAGCUUACUUCUUGAGGCCUCUAACGUCCCCGGGGCCCAGCAGAAGCAAAAAGGUUUUAAGCUGGAUGACUUGGAAACUCAUCCUGAUUCCAGGUUUGGUAGAGCUGGCCUCUCUACCCUGCAAAGCCAAGGUUGCACCUGGCAGACUGUUCGAGCUUAUAUGAAUGACUACAGUAUGGAAGGUAUUACCAGAAAAAGGAAAGAAAAACUGUAGUGCUUGGGGCCAGCCCAGAAGCUGCCCUGGCGCCUCCAGACCGUGUUUACAGUGUCAUGCAUGCAGAAUGUCGUCCUUCUUGGGAAGAACACUUCUAAAUACCUCGGGUCUGCCGGAGCUGCUGGGGGUUAGGGCUGCACCCAGGUAAGCCGAAGCCUGGCAUGGGGCCUCCAGGCAGUGGGAGAGCACCAGGGACCCCGCCUCAGGCCACCCUGGAGAUCUCCCCUAGGAAGAGGAAGUCGUAUGUUUACCCAAUCCUGUUUUUCCAAUGCACUGUCCGCCCACUUUACCGUGGAAAACCCCAGGACUCUGACGGCAGCCUCUGCCCAGGCUACCCCCCGCUGUGUUGUCUGCUUGCCUGCCGCUCAGUGGUCCGUACCGAGGUCCAACACGCAGUCCCAGGGCCUUCUGAAUUCCCUUCCCGCUGUCCUCCUGUUCGUUCCAAAAGGCACGAUAACAUGCACGGUGUUUUGGGUGGGGCUGAGAGGCUGAAGGGGCCGUUUCUCGGGACCCUGAGGGACCACCACUGAAUUUUCCCGUUCAUUGUGACCAAGCCCCACCUGGAAGGGGAAUUCGGAACUGGCAUCAGUAGACAUCAUUCCUGAAUGUACCAUAGGGCGAAUCGAUGCCUCCUUCCCACCACACACACACACACACACAUGCACACCCCUCACACCUUUCCCAUGCUGAAUUUGUGGCGACCGUACCGAAACCAACCACACCACUAUGAGCCUGAUAACCGUGACCCCAGCUUCAACCAUGACAGGGCCAAUAUUUUCCCCGGGCCCUCUGCAUCCCAGAACAUCAGAUGCUCUGUUAGGGUCCAGAGACAAAGCCAAAUCCAAAUGACAGCCCCGGGACCCCUCAAGGGGUGUGGGCUCCGUGGCAGUGUUCGUUCUCUCCCUGAGCUAGGAUUCCACUAGCCGUCCCCAGCCUGUGUAUAAUCUGUACAGAAGGUGACAUCCCUGAAAAUACUGUAGGAGACCCAUCCAGCCAAAUUGAUAUCUCCAAAAUAUUUAGCUUUUUCUACAUGCUAUGAAUUGAGAUGACAUGCUCAACUUGUAAAUACGUCUUUUUGUACAUUAAAAAAGUAAUUUUUUCAUAAUUUA